GUUAUGACUGCUGGAGUGACUGAAUGCAUCGUAGUUAGUAGAAGCAGCAGCAAAUUAUCUCUGGCUCCAGACAAACAGAAGUGAGUCUCUGUAUGUGCUCCUGCCUUUACGCAUCCAGACACGCUGAACUUGGAGCGGAUUCGCACUUGCGCGUAUUUUGAAAGUCUUUCUGAAGCCUGGACGCACUUGAAUUCAGCAUAAGGAGAAGUAAGAGCGUCUCUGGUAGAAGAGGACGCGCGCGGCACGGUCAACAUGAGCGACAAAAACAAAAUGGAGGAUGAAGCCAUAGUGGACAGAGGAGCGUCUUACAUCAAAAAUGUGUGUGAUGAAGAGGUCGAGGGUCAUCACACAGUCUACAUUGGAGUUCACGUGCCUAAGAGUUACCGUCGCCGUCGACGACACAGACGACGAUCCAAUCACAAAGAGAGGAGAGAGCGUUUGAUGGAAAACGUCAGCGACAAAUCAGACACAGAGACUGCAGACGAUCCGUCCUCCAGCAUCCUCAAACCACUCAUUUCUCCGGCUGCAGAGAGGAUUCGCUUUAUUUUGGGGGAAGAUGACAGCGGCCCUCCUCCGCCGCAGCUCUUCACCGAACUCGACGAGCUUCUGGCCGUUGACGGUCAAGAGAUGGAGUGGAAGGAAACAGCCAGGUGGAUAAAGUUUGAGGAGAAGGUGGAGAAGGGUGGAGAACGGUGGAGUAAACCUCAUGUAGCCACUCUGUCUCUUCACUCACUCUUCCAGCUGAAAAACUGCAUCGAGAAAGGAACCAUCAAGCUGGACAUGGAGGCCAACUCACUUCAGCAGAUCGUCGAAAUGAUCACUGACAGUCAGAUUGAGAGCGGGCAGCUGAAGGCCGAUCUGAAGGAGAUGGUCAUGUACACUCUGCUGCGGAAACAUCGCCACCAGACCAAGAAGUCCAACCUGCGUUCGCUGGCAGACAUUGGCAAAAGCGUGUCGAGUGCGAGUCGUCUGUUCAGCAGCCAGGAGAACGCGCGCAGUCCUCUCGAUCACUCUGUGCCUUGCUUUACCACCUUUGAACCUGACGAGCAAAUUCAGAUGCAGAGAAGCAACAGCAUGGGACUUCUCUGUAGUCCGACCACGGCCCAUCGUAACCUGACCUCCAACAGCCUGACCGAUCUCUCAGACAAACCUGAGAAAGACCAGCUGAAUAAUAAAUUCAUGAAGAAGGUUCCCCGAGAUGCAGAAGCGUCAAACGUGCUGGUCGGCGAGGUGGACUUUCUGGACACUCCCUUCGUGGCGUUUGUGCGUCUCCAGCAGGCCGUCAUGUUAGGAGGACUCACCGAGGUUCCUGUUCCCACACGGUUCCUUUUUAUUCUGCUGGGGCCCAAAGGAAAGGCCAAGUCAUACCAUGAGAUCGGACGUGCCAUCGCCACGCUCAUGUCUGAUGAGGUGUUUCAUGACAUAGCUUAUAAAGCGAAAGACCGCGGUGACCUGCUGGCAGGCAUUGAUGAGUUCCUGGAUGAAGUCAUCGUGCUUCCUCCAGGUGAAUGGGACCCUGACAUCAGGAUUGAACCUCCUAAAUCCAUCCCGUCUGCAGAUAAACGUAAAAACAAUAUUGCCGGAGGGGAAAGUCUUCAGAUGAACGGCGGUACUCCUCAUGACGGGAGUCCAGCAGGCGGCGGUGGCCACGCGGUCGGUGAUGAACUGAAAUUUACUGGCAAGUUUUGCGGCGGUCUCAUUCUGGACGUCAAGAGGAAGCUCCCGUUUUAUGCCAGCGACUUUUACGACGCUCUCAACAUACAGUCUCUGUCUGCCAUUUUGUUCAUUUACCUGGGAACCAUCACAAACGCCAUCACCUUCGGAGGGCUGCUGGGAGACGCCACUGACAACAUGCAGGGUGUGUUGGAGAGUUUUGUGGGGACGGCGUUGACUGGGGCUGUGUUCUGUCUGUUUGCGGGUCAGCCUCUCACUAUCCUGAGCAGCACCGGACCCGUGCUCGUCUUUGAGCGCCUGCUCUUUAACUUCAGCAAGGAUAAUGAUUUCGACUAUCUGGAGUUCCGGCUGUGGAUCGGUCUGUGGUCUGCUUUCUUGUGUCUGGUCCUGGUCGCCACAGACGCCAGCUUCCUGGUGCAGUACUUCACCCGCUUCACAGAGGAGGGGUUUUCUGCUCUCAUCAGCUUCAUCUUCAUCUACGACUCCUUCAAGAAAAUGCUCAAACUGGCUCACCAUCAUCCAAUCAACUCAGACUUCAACAUGGACCUGGUCACGCAGUACGGAUGCCACUGCAGUCCUCCAGACGGCAACAUUUCAGCUGUGUAUAUGGAGAACAUGGAGGCUCUGAUGAACAGCACUGGACAGCACCAUCUGAACGCGACCUGGGCGUCUUUGACUCGCUCUGAGUGUUUGGAGUGGGGCGGUCAGCUGCUGGGACCGGCGUGUGAAUUCGUCCCUGAUAUCACACUGAUGUCCUUCAUCCUGUUCUUCGGCACAUACACCUGCUCCAUGGGUCUGAAGAAGUUCAAAACCAGCCAGUUUUUCCCAACUACGGUCCGCCAACUGAUCAGUGACUUCGCCAUUAUUCUGGCCAUUUUGAUCUUCUGUGGUGUGGAUGCGCUGGUCGGUGUGGAUACACCCAAGCUACUAGUGCCAAGUGAAUUCAAGCCGACGAGUCCAAAUCGUGGUUGGUUUGUUCCUCCGUUUGGAGGAAACCCGUGGUGGGUUUACCUGGCCUCGUUCUUGCCUGCUCUUCUGGUCACCAUCCUCGUCUUCAUGGACCAGCAGAUCACGGCGGUCAUCGUCAACCGCAAGGAGCACAAGCUGAAGAAGGGAGCCGGGUAUCACCUGGACCUGUUCUGGGUCUCCAUUCUCCUGAUCGUGUGUUCGUUCAUGGGUCUGCCGUGGUACGUGGCAGCAACCGUCAUCUCCAUCGCACACAUAGACUCCAUCAAGAUGGAAACUGAGACCUCGGCACCCGGGGAACAGCCCAAAUUCCUUGGAGUCAGGGAGCAGAGAGUCACAGGAACAAUGGUGUUUAUUUUGACGGGUCUGUCGGUCCUCAUGGCCCCCAUUCUGAAGUUCAUCCCUAUGCCCGUGCUGUACGGUGUGUUCCUCUACAUGGGUGUUGCUUCUCUCAAUGGCGUCCAGUUUAUGGAUCGUCUCCAGCUCUUGUUGAUGCCUGCAAAACACCAACCAGAUCUGAUCUACCUGAGACACGUACCGCUCAGACGGGUUCACUUGUUCACCUUCAUACAGGUGCUGUGUUUGGCUCUGCUGUGGGUGCUGAAGUCAACAGUAGCAGCCAUCAUAUUUCCUGUGAUGAUUCUUGCAUUGGUUGCGGUGAGAAAGGCCAUGGAUUAUGUGUUCUCGCAGCACGAUCUCAGUUACCUGGAUGACAUCAUGCCCGAGAAAGACAAGAAGAAGAAAGAGGACGAGAAAAAGAAGAAGAAAAAGAAAGGCAGCAUUGACAGCGACAUGAACGACGAAAGCCCAUGUCCUUCCUCACUCCCUACUGAUGGAAAGCAAUUUUUCCUUUCCAAGACUGUGUCAAGUCAGGAUUUAAACCCCUUUAAGAAGACUGUGCCUCAGAUUAGAAUCGAUUUGGACCCUGACAACAACAAAUUCUUCUGGAAAACUCCAGCCUCCGAAACGUCUCUUUAAACACUCCUGAAAACACUUUCACACAUACACUUUUAGGUCCAGAUGAUGGUUUGGUCAAUCAGCUAAACAAGAAUGUUUCUUUUUAAAGCCCAAAAAAGACAAAUGUCAUUUUGACACUACAACC